AUGGCAGCCGCCUACCAACCACCACACUGUGUAUCACGCAGGACUGGGCAACCCCUCCCCUUCCCAAAGGACUACUUCACAGUCGUGGUACUACGAUUCCCCGCUGUCUGCUCCGAGACCGUCCAAGGCAACAUCAUCCAAGAAUGCAAACGUGUUCUCCGCACCGGAGGAUAUCUAGAAAUGAGCCUGCUAGACCGCGACAUGGUCAACAUGGGACCUUACACACGCAAAGCCAUCCGUCAGCUCAAAGAAAUGACCUGUCUCUCGGAUUCCACUCUCAGCCUGAAACCAACCAGCGACAGCGUCCAACGCGAGCUCGGCGCUCACGGCUUCGACAGUCUCCGUCGCUGCAUGGUCCGAAUCCCAGUCGCAGGCAUGAUCCUCCGAUCCUCCGACUCGAGCUCAUCAGCCCACUCCAUUUCAACGGCCACCCCUUCCACUGCAUUCUCGCUACCUACCAUAUCUGUCACAACUGCGGGUGGUAGACAAAGCACGACAACUGCCUCUAAAUCCCUCUCUAAUGAUGCGAAUAUCUCUCUCGGCGAUUUGCUCUCCGAUCCUUCCCCGUCUCCGGCAAACGACGAGUCAAUUGCCAAGAUCGUUGCCCGUGUUGGACGCUGGUGGUAUUCGAAAUGCUAUGAGGAUCCUGUUUUCUCGACCGGAAAUACUGAUCCCAGUGUUUGGAAUGACCGGAAGGUACUCCGCGAGUGUCAGAAGCGCGGUACAGGAUUCCGCAUGUUCAUUGCAUACGCUCAGAAGCCUAGUGAGGUUCCGCGACGCACGGCGAGUGUGUAA